GUCCAGGUAAUUGGUAUCAUCGAUUUGCAGGAUUUUAUCUUUACGUUUCCAAUACAACGUCACGAAAAGCCGGUCAUCUUUGUUUUCAUGAGAUACAAGCAUUGGAUCGCACACCAACAGAGGACCAGAGGAUCAACUGUUCAAUACACGGAAGAUACGUCAUAUACUACAACGAAAGGAGACCGGAUGUGUCUUAUCCUAGUUAUUAUUCCAGAUAUGCAUUUAAUGAACUUUGUGAAUUAGAGGUUUACGGUUGCUUGAACUCUACAUAUUAUGGAGAAACUUGUAACAAAUCAUGUCCUGUUAACUGUCUGGAGGCUAAGUGUGACGUCUUUACAGGGGACUGUCUAGGAUGUGUGCCAGGGUAUCAAGGUCCUCGCUGCAGUCAGGUUUGUAAUCAACUUUACUAUGGACAAGACUGCUCUUCCUCUUGUGGUUACUGUAGUAACGGGGAAACCUGUCACCAUGUAAACGGGACGUGCCUCAAUGGAUGUAAUGAGGGAGUGGAAGGGGAUAAUUGCCAGAAUGCUUGCCAAGCAGGAUAUUACGGACGUGAUUGUAGACAUGUUUGCAGUGAGAACUGCGGAGUAACCAAUCAAUGUAAUAGAUUUACAGGAAAGUGUGAUGGAGGCUGCAAAAAGGGAUGGAAGGGAAUUCGAUGUGAACAAAAAUGUGACAGUGGAAUGUUCGGUAAUAACUGCAGUCAGAAAUGUGGUCAUUGUCUUAAUGAUACACAGUGUCAUCACAUCAAUGGUUCCUGUUUAGAAGGGUGUGACCCGGGGUACGAGGGACAGCUCUGUUUAAAUGUGUGUCAAGAGGGAUCAUUCGGCAGAAAUUGUGACAAAAAUUGUAAAGUAUUUUGUGGAGGCAACGAAUCCUGUGACCCAAUCACUGGUUUCUGUCACAGCGGGUGUAAGGAUGGGUGGAACGGGCCUCUUUGUAGCCAAGGUAAGGAAUAUAAUGAUAUAUAUCCACACCCGACCGAUUCACAUGACGUUCAUAAACCCUCUGCUCACUUAU